AUGCCUCUGCCCCCCUCGCCCCUCCCCCGCCGCCUCCUCCGUGGGUGGGCCCCGCUGCUGCUGUGUGGGGCGUCGGCCCUUUCGCUGGGGGUCCUCUUCCUGGCCGGUGGGGGGCAUGAGGCGCUGCUGUCGCGCUCGCUGCCCUACCUGCUUCCUUCCAGCAGGGGGCGCCCUUUCUCCUCCUCCUCCUCCAGCUGCGCCCCCCUCCUGCCCUCACCCGAGGCCUUCCUGCUGGCGCCCGUGGGGAACCCCUGCGCCCUCCGCUCGCCCUUCCUUCUGGUCCUGGUGCCCAGUGCGCCAGACCACGCCGCCCAGCGCCAGGCCGUGCGGGAGACCUGGGGAGGGGUGCUGUGGGCCGACGGGCGCCCCACAAGGACCCUCUUCGCCCUGGGGGUGCCCUCCGAGCCCUCCCAGCAGGCCGCCCUGGAGCGGGAGGCGGCACAGCACGGAGACCUCAUCCAGGGGCGCUUCCUGGACACUUACGCCAACCUGACGCUCAAGACGCUGGCACUCCUUGGCUGGGCGGCCACAUGCUGCCCGGGCGCCUCCUUCGUGGUCAAGGCUGACGACGACGUCUUCCUCAACCUGCCUGCCCUGGCGCGCCACCUGGGUGCCCUGCCCAGCCCCCCGCCGCCCUACCUUGGCCGCAUCCACUGGUGGGUGCGCCCCAACCGCGACCCUCGAAGCCGCCACCACCUCCCUGCCCCACUCUACCCAGACGACACCUUCCCCCCCUACUGCAGCGGCACCGCUUACGUUCUCUCGGGGGAAGCCGUGCCAGCCCUGCUGGGGGCAGCGCGCCAUGUCCCCCUGGUGCCCCUGGAGGACGUCUUUGUGGGGCUGUGUGCCCGCCAGGCCGGCCUGACCCCCCAGCACCUGCCCCACAUGGCCGGCUCGCAGCACUUCCCGCCAGACACCUGCUGCUACAGGGAGGUCUUGUUCAGCGUCCAUGGCGUGGCGCCCGCUGCGAUGAUGGCCGUUUGGGAGGAGGUUGGCACCCACGAGAGGGCAUGCAGCGCCUGGCAGAGGGCCCUGGGGCUUGUCCGCUGCAAGGCCCUUGCGUGGCUGGCAGCGUGAGGAACGCCAGACCCGCAGGAAGGCAAUCCGCGCCCACUGGGCUCUGCCAGAGAAGCGCCAGCCAAGCCUCAGAAGCUUGGCCACCAGGAGCAGCGCCCGCCAAGCUCAUAUUACUGUGAGCUGAAGGGGCAACUGGUUUUGCAGCAUCAGAGGUGGGGACCCCAAGGGGUCAUCUAGCCCCACCCUCUGUCUUCGACGCAGCAACUGAUUUAUUAAGCAACGUACAAAGUCAGCAGCCAUUCUCCAAGGACAUGCCCAGGUGCAGCAAGAAGCAGACAGAAUUGGACAAUGAGAUGGGACCCUCAAGGGUCAUCCAGCCUGCAACGCUGGAAUCUUAGCCAAGACUCCUUUUGCAGCAGGACUUCUGCCAUUGGAUUUGGGGACCUGGGACAUUCCACCACCUUCCCUGGAUGCUUUUCAGUUUCAAAACAACAGACAUGUUACUAGCCCUCAUGGAUUUGGAAGCAAUAUCCGAAAAACAUGGGUUUUGGGGGGGCAGCCUGGGCUGUGGGCGUCACCCUCAUGGCGGAGGUGUCAGGGUGGGGAUCGGAUGCCCACCAGCCCCAGCGGUUGUCUUCACUGACGGGCAGCCGCUUUCUCUAGGCUCCGUCAGAGGAGGGCCAUUCCUUCUCAGCCUUAUUAUCCUCCAUCAAUUCACCUGCUAUGGCAUGCUCUGGUCCAUGGGGUCACAAAGAGUCGGACACGACUAAACAACAAUUCACCUGCUCGUCUUUGCAAGCCAGCCAUCGCUGCCUCCAGUGGGAGGGAGUUCCAUAGGAAAAGUGCCUGCUGGAUCAGGCCAGCGGGGACCCAUCCAGCCCACCCUCAGAGAGAGAGAGACAUAUUAUGGGAAGCCCAUAUGAAAGGCUGGCGAUGGCCUUGAUAUGGAAAAUUGCCCCUAAAAUGCGCAGCCUUUUAGGAAGGACAGACGCGGGUCGGAAGCUCCAAAAUUGGCACUAAGUUCAGCUCCGCCGGGAAAUGACAGAGACCACACGAUCCUGUCAGGAAAAACAAACUGAUCCUUUUAUUACAGAAAAGAAAGAACUACAGCUGUAGGGUCCCUGCCUCAAAGAAUGUAGGAAGGACCCCGGGAAAUGGUGAGGCUCCCUCUUAUACCCUCCUGUCCCCACGUGAAAAUCCUUUUACUGGGAGGGAGGGGAAGGACAAGGAGGAUGGGUGGUGAUGGGAUUAACUGGGUGCAGAGACGACUAUUUCUUCAUAUGGUGAAAUGUCCAUUGUUCUCCUCCGUUGCUGAAGGGUUUCCCUUUGUUUGAUCGGUCUAGAUGGGAGUUGAGGUGGGGCCGUUCCUGGCGAUUGCCGAGGAGUUGGGGUCCAUCCGGCAGGUGUUUCCCCCCAGGUCACGCAAAGAUGAUCCCUGGGAUUAUGCAAAAGGUGACACUUCUGGAGGUUUGAAUAAACUGUCCCAGUUAAUCCAUCUUUGUCCAUGGGCGUCUUUUGAAUCAGGGUGGCGAUGGGGCAAGGUUCAGGUGGGCUGGGGUCACGCACGGUUCAUGCAGCAUUUCCUUUUACAGGAGACAUCUCCAAUACAGAGAAUUCUAUGCAAAAGGUAGUAGUCCUGAUAUAUAAAGGUUCCGAGACAUAAAUCAGCAAUUCUAAUACAGAGAGAAUCUAGCAUAACUUAAGGCAAAAGGUUCUGUGGUGAUAAUCUAAAGGAGUCUGGGGUGGAGGGGAAGGUGGAGAAGGGAAAUGUGUGAGUUUAUGCUAACUGUUGUGCAUAUGCAGAUCCUUAAGCCUUCCUUCAGGGAGGGUCUCGUCCAAGCAGGAGGGGUGAAGGUCUUUGAAGCAGAGCGGAGACUGGGAAGAUGGCAUUGAACAGGAUUCUGGGUAGUUGCAGCUGUCAAAUUCUGUCACCCCUCUCUGUUCAUUGAUAAUGGUGUCCUGCUCCCCCUCCCAUAUAAUUUUUAUAACAGCCUCAUAACUCUUCCCAGUUUGACGGCCACCAACAACUGCUCUUCUAAGAGCACAUUGUGUCGUCUUUCCUCCUCGGCAUUCUGUUAAAACUCACCUGAAAGCUCAGGGUCAAUUAAGCAAGGGCAUUUGAUCCCUCUUCAAAUAUCUCAAGGUCUGACUCUGACACAGGGAGCAAGCCUCUUCUCUCCUGCUCCGGAGGGUAGGACUCGAACCCAUGGCUUCAAGUUACAUGAACUCAACAUACAGGGAAAAAACCAUUCUGACAGCAAGAGCUGUUCUCACAGUGGAAAGGUCUCCCUUAGGAGGUUGUGGGCUCACUUUUUUGGAGGUUUUUAAGCAGAGGUCUGUCGUGGAUGAUUUGGCUUUGAUUCCUGCAUUGCAGAGGGCUGGACUAGAUGACCCUGGGGGGUCCCUUCCAACUCUACGAUUCCCUGAAUAGCAGCACCUAUCUGCUUCUCAGCUUGUUAAUUCUCAUGGAAGCAGUCAGGCUGAACUUAGUUUUUCGCACACAAGUUUCCCGUUUGGCUUUAUUUGUCUAAGGGCCUCACGCGUUCUCCAAGAUUUCUCAAAGAUAAUAGACAAAGGUUACAUCUGCAAGCUCCUUUAGUCCCCUUGGGUGCAGCCCAUCAGGCCCUGGAGAUCUGAACUCCUUCAAAGUAGCGCCGUGUUUAUCUCUAUUCCUAUCUUGGGCUGCAAUAACAAUACCUUUAUUGUCAAUGUAAAACCUGUGUACAAUGAAAUUAACAAGCCUCCCUCCCUCCCCACCCACACUCAACCGCAUUGCACUCUGUGUGCUUGUUGCACAACCAUUCAGCAGCCUAACAGCCCAUGUGUAAACAAAAUAAAAAAAAAUCCUUCCAGCAGCACCUAAGAGACCAACGAGGUUUGUCAUAGGUAUGAGCUUUCGCGUGCAUGCACACUUCUUCACAUACACUGAAAGAGAAGUCACCAGACCCUUAUGUAUAGUCAGAGGGUGGGUGGGUGAUAGGAGUGGUAAACCUGUGGAUG